UUUUUUUCCCUCUUCUGCUGGUAUGUCAGAAGCAAUGCAGUGCUAUCUCCAUGGCCUUGGAAGUUGGGACGACCGAGACGACUCAACCGCAGAAGGAAGAAGCUAAAAUUGACAGUUCUUCCGCGUCGGAAAUGGUGGAGAUUACCCCGAUUGAAGCUGAAGCUUCAAUUUGGGAAGACAUAGAGCGAUGUGAAAGCUACCUGGUGUGCUCUAUGUACGAGGACGCGGCUUCCUCGGCUUCCUCCGUCCUCAAGCGCCUUCGCCGCCGCAGCAGUGAUGGAGGAGCGGAUGGCGAAUUUCACGAAAUGGUGGUAUCAGCGGGCAUGGUGCUUGUGCAGUCGUUGAAAGAAUUGGGCAGGACAUCCGAUAUCCUAAACCAGCUUCGAACACUGUUCGGUUGCGUUGCAGCUAUGCCUGUUGAAGUCUUUCUUACUGGGGUAUGUUUCCAGAUAUCUGAAGGUUCAACUGGUGUCGGAGAAAUACUUGAGGAAUUCCUUGGCAACUGGAACUAUGUGGAUGCAGGGUACUAUACUCCUGUUGACAAGGAAGAAAACAGUAAUUGCAAGCAUUUUGUAUUGACACUCGACAAGUAUUUAGAAGUUGCUGAGAUAUAUGUUCUCACUGUACUUGGGAGAAUUUUGAAUGACGGUGACCUUGCCACCUCUUGGGUUGAAAAGGCUGCAUUGCCUGAGGAGAAAAGACAGGAGCUUCUGAGGAAAUUGCAUUCCCUAUACUCUGUCAAGGCCACCAACUCAGAGUUGAGUUCCUCAGAAAACAUGCUAGAUGAGAAUGAAGCUCUGUUGAAAGAAGAAAUCUUGCCCAAAGGAUUUCUAAAUUCCAUUGAUGCGAGAUCUAUCCCGAUCGGAGAAAGUGAUAAGAAGAAAGCAAUCCUAAAAUUAUAUGGAAAGACAGAGACUGGUUUCUGGUGGUUUCGGACCAUAGGUUUGAAGAUUGGUAAUACUCGGAUGGUUAUAUCAAAUGGGAAGAUUUUGCUUGGAUGCUUGAUCCUGCUCGCCUGUUUUGUUUUACGAAGGAAAGGGGCUAAUUUAAAGAGGUCCAUCCUAGCGGGUAAGUUUUGUGUUUGGAUGGACAUUAAUGACCGUCCUGGCCAAGGUUGGUACCCACCCUUCUACUUUUUCUUCCAUCCCAUUUGCUGGCAAUGGGUCAGUCAGGCUGGAUCGACAAGCCUUAGGUUUAUCAAGAAACAAGCCGUGUCAAUAAAGAACGCACUGCUAGAUUUUUGGAAGCUGGCAUUUUCGUACCAAGUGAACCCGUUAGCUGCCGUGCAGCCUCUUGCAGCCCCAGGGGCUGCAAUACCUGCUGGCCGAUGAGAAUAUCAAAUUUCUAUCCAUCUUUCCCCCCAUUCAUCGGGAAGCGAGCCAAAGCUUCAGGAUCCUAUUUGAGCUGAAGGACCUAAAAUUGCUUCAAGUCAUCUUCUUUUACCUUCACCAUUGGGCAAAGGCUCUAAUAUGUUGGAGAAAGAUUCCGAAUGUCCUUUCCACCAGCAAGUCUGUAUACUUUUGUGUCCUAUAUUCCGGUUUUAGCAUAUGUGUUUGAACACGCAUUGAAUUCGUUCUGUACCAGUUCUAUAGUACAAAGUGCAAAUUUCACUGAAUAUUCGGGCUCAA